AUGGGAUCAUGUGCGUCAAUGAAAUAAAAAAAAAUAGAUGGAAAUAUUUAAAUUGCAGCAUAUAAAGUUUGCAUAACUGCUUUCAUCUGGAAUAAAGAAAGUCAUAACUUAUUCGAUUUCGAGAGUCACCAAGCAUGCCGAAAAGAGCUGGAACUAGAUUUUUCAGCAACACUUUCGAUGGUCGAUAAUUAAAUUAUAGCAUUAAGUGAAAAUGAAUAUGUUAAAAAACAGGUUCAGCUCCUUAAAGUUGAUUGUGAAUAAGAUUACGUGACUCUGUCAGGAAUGAGUUAGAAAUCAGAUUAAAGAGUGUGGGCAAUACUAUGCAGAAGACCAGAAUUUGAGUCAUUGAAUGAAUGGGAAUUAUAAACAGGAGAUAUUAUCAAAUUAGGAAGAAUGAAAUUACAAUUACUCGAUUUUAAUUAUGAUUUAGAUGCAUUGCAAUAAUAAAAAGACUAAACUGACAUUAAUGAUGAAGAAAUAUAGUCCUAAGAUCUAGAUCCAGAUGGUUGUUAAUGUAGAAUUUGUUUCUAAAAAACUGCUACAGUUUCAAAUCCUCUUUUUAGUCCAUGCAAAUGUAUCGGUUCCAUGAAAUAUGUCCAUCUUCAUUGUUUAUAAGUUUGGAUUUAGUAAUCAAUUAAAGUUAAAAAUCAGUAAUCUUCAACCUAAUACAUCUGGAAGAAAAUGGAGUGUGAAAUUUGCAAAAUGCCAUUAAAAAGCACAUAUACCUACUAAAGGUAGAUCUUCUGUAUUAUGCAAAUUCAGAAGCCUAUAGUGCCUUAUAUGAUUUGGAAAAUCACUUCUGAUGACAAAUCCAAGGAAGGCAUCAUCUAGGUCAUGGAACUCUAAGAUAAAGCAGAAAUUAAAAUUGGGAGAAUACCCGACUGUGAUAUCAAACUUAAAGAUAUUUCAGUGUCCAGAAGUCAUGCCUUAAUCAAAGUUAUCAAACAAGAAGAUAAUCACUUCAAACUUAUUCUCUAAGAUAAUAAUUCCAAAUUUGGGACUCUUCUAUAUGCCUAGUCCGAUAAACUUCUCAAGUAUAAUUUACCAUCAUUGCAAAAAGUACUUUACUAGAUUGGAAGAGUCCUAUUAUACAUUCAAUUUAAGGAUAAAGGCAAGUCCUAUAAUAAACAAUUCACUUGUUACAAACACCCUGAUAAAAUUGUAGUCCAAACAAAAAUAAAUCAAAAUGAAUAAGCCACAAUCAUCCCGAAUGUUGAAAAAGAUAAGGAUAAUCAACUAUCAUUUUAAACUAAUAAUGAAUUACAUUAAGAAGAUAUCGUAAUUAAUGUAAAAUAAAUAUGA